AUGGGGGACGAUGAUUGGCCAUCACAACGAUUCCGCGAUCAUGUUAUUAAUCGACUGGAACCGGAAUUAGCGAGAAAUCGUCAAAAUGCUCCAAAUUUACCUGUACCCGGUGAUGCAAGACAGGUGGAGGAGUAUGUUUUCAACAAAUGCGUUAGCAAAGAUGAGUAUAUGCGAACGAUUGCUAAAGUUAUCAAUGCAAUCAAUUGUAACUCCAAACCAUCAGCAGUACCGUCGCUUCUUCAACCGUCUCGCAUUCAGUCGGCAUCUCAAAACUAUCGUAGUGCGGGUCUUGGUAUACCACCUGAUCCGCAACCCACCCAUCAGCAGCACCAGCAAAAGGUUAUGGAUAGGUAUCAUACUUCACUUUGUCAAACACCGCCAAUGAUGCAGUCACAGCAAUCACCAAGUGGUGCAUUGUCUGGCGGUAAUAUGCAGUUGUCACAAUCUAGCUUGCAACAACAUUCUCCGGUAACACAUCCAGUAGUUCCCCAAGUGCCGUAUAAUAUGCUUUCGCCAAUUCCUUCUGUUCCUGGAUCACAGAAUACCUCUCCUAAUCAUCAAAUGUAUAGUCGUGUGAAAACUGAGCAGAAAAGUAGUGGCAAUGAUGGUGGUGCUGCAGAAAUCCCAAUAUCGGAUGCAAUGUCUGCUCGUGUAUGGAAGCGUGAAGUUCCUCCUCCUGGCAACUAUUAUUCAGCAGGUUUCUACGAUGCUACAAGUUCCAAUCAGUACGUUGAACGUACUCAUUCAUCGGCACCGUUUAUGCCACGAGGAACACCCAUUUCUCCUUCACAACAGCUUACUGCUUCACCACAUCACCAUCACCAGCACCAUCAGCAGCAUCAACCAUCGGUUUUAGAAAAUCUUAUCAAUUCAUCCCACUAUGGAUCGCCGAUGCAGUCCUCACAGCAUGUCAAUGGAUCGGGUAAUCAAAGCGUUUCAGAUUUGCCAUUUGGAAAUGCCAUGCAACAAAAUGACGAGCGUAUGUAUACCGAGAAGUUACGCUCAUUAAGGCCUUAUGUUGAAAGUUUAAGAGCACGUGCGCAGCAAUGUCGACUGGAAGGCAACGAAAUUGCUGCAAGUAAAUUUGAUACAAUGUGCAACGUUCUUGAUGGCAAAUCACGGGUAUCAUUCGAGUAUCUUUUGCAAAUAGAAGCAUGGAUAUACAAAAAACAGCAGUUUCUGCAGGUUUCAUUGAAUACUGGAACGUUACAACCACAGCCACUAGUGGAUGCGGUAAAUGCAGUUUUGUUAAUAAACAGUGAAGCACAAGUUGGAUACGGUGAUCGUGUACAGACAAAUACUGGUGUACCAUCGGCAGGACAGUGGUCAGUGCAAUCCAGUCGAUCACAACAGCAAGCAUCAUCGCAAGGGUUACCUAAUAUGGUACCAUCAUCAGUUCCAGUAGCUCAUUGUCCAGUGCGAAGUACUCUUAUGCAGUCAUCAAUUCCGUUGCAAACGACUAGUGGUCAACAGGUAGCACGACAUUCAAUAGAACAUACCUAUCAACGACAUUCACCCUAUCCAAAUCCAAAUGCUGGAUUACGUUCCGGUACACAGUCAGUAGUGCUGCAUCAUGGUUUGUCCAGGGUGCAGCCAGCAGCAACAGUAGCAGCUUUACCACCAUUCUCAGAAGCAAAUCGUGCACCAGCAACUACUGACUGUAGUAGAGUUGAAGAUCUCUAUGUAAUGGAUGAUUUCUUACCCACUCCUAUAGAAGCUGUAUCGAAUAACACAUCUUCACAGAUGGAGGGUCUAUUGCCGGAAGCGGUACGUCAGGAAUUGCUAGCAUUUGGAGAUCGUAUUUUAGCCGAUUCUAACAUAGAGCAGAUGACUGAUUCGCAUUCUGUUAUUGUUAAAUUUUCAUUAACCUCACAUAAUGUGCCACCGCUACAGUUAAUUAUACCGAAAGCAUAUCCCAAUGGUGAAGUUAUGGUGGGUCGUGCUGCACUAGAUCUAGAUUCUUUUUUCUUUGAUGAUUUGCAAAAUGUGAUACAUGAACGCUUAGCUCGACCGGGUCUACGAACGGUGACAGAUUUCCUUGAAACUUGGGAAUCGACAGUACGUGGUUACUAUUUGGGACAGCAGCAGCAGUCAUUGUUACCCAAUUCAUUUGAUGACAUAUUACAAAAUACAAAUUUCAGUGAUUUCUUGUCGUGA